CAAUGGAAGACAUUAUUACUGCAACAAAAAGAAAAAAAAACAAAACUACAGACCUGUUUUAAGCGAAUCCAUCUAUAUAUGGCACAUACUUCAUUUUCAUAAUCUUUACCAGGAAAUCUUUUUAUUGGGUUUAGCUAGGAAGCAGAGAUAGAUCAGGCAUUAGUGCGAAGAAGAUGGAGUAUUCGGGUUUGGCGCUCGUAGUUCUUAUUUUGGUCCAAAACCAUGGUGUUUUCCAACAUGUCGGAGCAGACGAUGGAUUUGUGAAAACCAGAGGGGUCCAGCUUAUGUUGAAUGGGAGCCCCUACUAUGCAAAUGGAUUCAAUGCGUACUGGCUGAUGUACGUGGCUUCCGACACAUCUCAGAGAGACAAGGUCUCUUCUGCCUUUCAAGAAGCUACGAAACAUGGCCUCACAAUAGCAAGAACUUGGGCUUUCAGUGAUGGAGGUUAUAGGCCUCUGCAAUACUCUCCUGGCUCCUAUAAUGAACAAAUGUUCCAGGGGUUGGAUUUUGUAAUAUCUGAAGCCAGAAAGAAUGGGAUUAAGCUAAUUUUGAGUUUGGUGAAUAACUACGAGAACCUUGGAGGAAAGAAACAGUACGUGGACUGGGCAAGAAGUCAGGGCCAGUCUAUUACAUCUGACGACGAUUUCUUCACCAACUCUGUAGCGAAGGGUUACUACAAGAACCACAUCAAGACUGUUCUUACAAGACGUAACAGCCUGACUGGAAUUAUUUACAAAGAUGACUCAACCAUAAUGGCAUGGGAGCUUAUGAAUGAGCCCAGAUGCACUUCUGAUCCAUCGGGAAAAACCAUUCAGGCCUGGAUUACAGAGAUGGCAUCUUACCUGAAAUCCAUAGAUGGAAAUCACUUGCUAGAAGUUGGUCUGGAAGGCUUUUAUGGAGCAUCAAAGGAGUCAUCGAAUCCUAAUUUUCAAGUAGGAACAGAUUUCAUUUCAAAUAAUCAAAUCCCAGGGAUUGACUUUGCCACAGUUCAUUCAUAUCCUGAUCAAUGGUUAUCAGGCUCGAAUGAGGAAAGCCAACUCUCAUUUUUGAACAGUUGGCUCAACGAUCAUAUACAUGACGCUCAGAACAUCCUGCGCAAGCCAGUUCUCCUUGCUGAGUUCGGAAAAUCUUUAAAGUAUUCUAGUAAUAAUCAAAGAGACCAGCUUUUCAACACAGUUUACUCACAAAUUUAUUCGUCUGCUAGCGGAGGAGGUGCAGCCAUAGGCGGCUUGUUCUGGCAACUUCUUGCUGAAGGAAUGGACUCUUUCCGAGAUGGGUAUGAAGUGGUUCUCAGUGAGAACUCCUCAACAGCUAGUUUGAUUGCUGAAGAGUCUCGUAAACUUAUUCGAAUUCGAAAGAUGUAUGCCAGACUGAGAAACGUCCAGAAGUGGAAGAAAGCGAGAGAGACUAGAAGCGGCGGCAAGGACUAUAAUAAUGGAAAAUGAGAAAACGAGUAACGAGACUCCCCCAACUAUGUUAGAAUAUUAGAGCGAACUGUUAAAGAUGAGCAGCCCGAUAUAUUCAUAUUUUUAUAUAUGUGUUCUGGAAUAUAUGACUUUAUAUAGGUGAAGAAUAUACGACACUGAUUUUAAUAUUUUAUAGCAUAAAUUUGUACUCCCAUCUCAACAAAGAAAUCUGAAAUGGAUUCGUUGGAA